CCACUGUGGAUCAGUCAUCAGGAGAUAACGAUGUUUAAGAUGAAUACAUAAUGUGGACAAACACGUGACUGCAGAGGUAGAAACAUUCUGUUGUUCUGGUGAGUGAACUUCAACCAGGGUAAGUAAAGUCUACAAAGACAAGUUGAAAGUAAUGAAACUAAACUAAACUAACUUUACUUAGACUGAAUAGCUUUAUCAGAUCUAAUUUUUCAAUCAAUGGCGUUCUCAAAAGUUAGUUUGUCAGUAAGCCAGUAACCUACCAUCACAAUACUUGGUCGCUGUAAGAAAAUCUCCGCAGGAAAAUCUUUGAAGAGCACAUCGCUUAGAAAUUCACAUGAUUUCUUCGCUAAACUUGUGUUGUUGCUCUGCAGGCGAGUGUUUGUGGUAGCUAAUACAUGACGGUCACUGUCAGCAAGCGAAAUCCAUGGAAAGCGCCAGUCAGUUUGAAUCUUGAUGUCCUCAACUGUUAAAAGAAGUGAUGAUUUGUUGACAAGUGCACAGCUAGCACUUUGAUUUCUUGUGGAAAUGACAUAUGUCAUUGUAUGGAAAGGACAGCUGGCCAUUUAAUAAAGCUGCAGUUCACUUUACACUAUUGUUCAGCAGUUGGUGAGCAACCACAAUUAUUAGAAGCUGCCACAGAGUGAGAAAAGGCAGAAAAUAAUCAUGUUAAGGCUUUUCAUUAUAUGUAGUAGUCUUUUAUAAUCAGGAAAAAAUAGAUAGAAUUGAGGUUAAUUUUCUUGCCAUAACUGUCAACAGUUCGGAAAUUGAUGUAAUUUUGACCACCGUGGAUCUGGUGACCAGUAAAGUAUAUAUACUGCAACAUACCAAUACCUUCACCCGCAUGCCAUUCCUGUCCCACAGGAAUGGUCUGAAUUUUGUCCACUGAUUUUUGUACUGGAAUUGAAUGUUCCUCUUUUGCAUGUUCAAUAUCUGCCCCUACUUUUUUGUGCAAAAGUUCAGCGUCAGCAGAUUUGACAUCCAGAUCAAAGUCAUUGGUGUGCUUCUCUCUGUCAUAAUGCAGUUGCUCGUCAUCGGAGUCAAGUACUUCAGGUAAACUGAGUAGGUUCGUCAGAACAUCGUCAAUAUACUGGUAUAAAGAUGGAUCCACAUCACGACGUAAAUGAGACAAAAAAUCGACAGCUCCGAUACUAACCAGUGUUUCCAAACCUGAACUGUGCUGUUGAAAGUAAAAAUUGUGUAAAGGGAAUUGCCACCUGAAUGCAAUUCCUGUGACUUGCAGUUGUCUGAUCAUAAGAUUGGAAGAUUUAAAAUGUUGUUGUCCAGAAAAUUUUUUCCUCAUUGGGGUUUGUCGGAAAAGUACUGCCCUUGGCCCCCCUCCCCAAAACAUGGGACCCACGGCGCCACUGGGUUUCUCUAGAUACACAUGUAAAAAUGCACAGGCUGUAAGAAACCUGCAGCAGACAGGAUGUGUUCGCACUGCUUGUUCAGCCUUGUUGACAAGUUGUCAACGCCGGCUUGUUGACAUCUUGCUACAAGGUUGUUCCAACAACUUGUUAUUAUCCUGCAAUUCAACAAUUUGUCAAGUUGUGAGUGACAACAUUGUAGCAACUUGGUAAAAUAACAGCAUUGUUACAACUUGUGACAAGUUUGUACAAGCCUGUUGUGAACACAUCUUGUUGACAAGUUGUGAGAUUUUUAUGUGUGUGCUCUGGUGUGACAAAUGGGAUCAAUAAAAGAUGGCUCCAACUGAAGAGAACAGUUUGGAACAAACAUAGCUACCCAGCAUAAAUAAUGUUUGGUUAAGUUCUACUUUUAAAGGUGAUCUACAGUCCGUAUGUAAACAAAGGCUUUGUUUACAUUAUUGUGUCCAAAAUAUUGAGCUUUAUUCGACAACUAUUUAUAUUUUCAAGCUUCUGGAGUAUAAUAAAUGAUCAAGAAACAACAAUCAGGCUUUUCAAGAACUCAAAACAUAGUUAAACUGUUUGUAUCAUAAAAAGUGGGCUCAUUUGUGCACAUGCGCAGAUCGGACUGUAGAUCACCUUUAAAAAAAAUCAACCUUUGACAAUUUUUCCAGCAGUUGAAGAACGUCUUUUUGCUGCGAACAAGGUCCAAAAUUAAACCAUUCCAACAACUUUAUAAACAGUUCCUUCUUAUGUACAACAUCACCCACACAAAGUAAAUCAUGGUGGAGUUUAAAUAUUAUGUUUUGCAAAGCACGGACACGGAUUUCUUCUACAGAGUGACCUAUAAAUUUAAUAUUGAACAGAACGUAUUGGUGGGUUUGUUAUAUUAGAACAAGCUUUUCGUUGAUAGGGAUGCAACUACCUGAAUAUAUAUAAGCUCAGCUACCAUACAGCAGCCUCAGUCAUCAGAGUGAGAAAAUAAUUUUAAUUUUUCAUUAUAUGUAAGUAGCCUUGUAUUUGGUUGCAAAUAAAAAUGGUUUUGAGAGGCUUGCACUAAUACAUGUCAGAAUUGUCUGUGCCAACACAGGCCAGAUCGAUCUAAGCUUAUUAAAAACAGUGAGGGUUUUCAGGGGUGCCCCUCCAUAACCCUGCUCGGCUGCUCCACCAGUCAAAAUUUUCUGAGAUCACAGACACAAAAUAAAGAGUAAAUAAUGCCAUUUGAAGUGGCUUUACAUUGUCAUAUACUGAUCUCAGGAAUUUUGACAGUGUAAAAGUGUAAAGUAAAACCAAGUAAUUUUAUUAAUAAUAAAUAUGGUCAACAAUUUGUCAACAUUUUACUCAUAAUAUUUGCAAAAAAUAAGCCUACCUAACUUUGUUAUCAAUGGCUGAAUGUCGAUCUCACCAUCAGAUGUCAAUGGUGAUCCAUCACUCAUGAUUUGCUGCAAAAAUAUUUGCUUGUAAACACAGAUACUCUGUUUGUAAACAUUGCAAAUUUUCAUCAAAGCGCGCCAAUGUUUGAAGUAGUGGAAUUGUGUGACGAUAGUUGGAUAAUAGGGGAUAAAUAGAAUGGAUAAAAAUGGAUAAAAGCUGAUACAAGGAAUGACAAUGGAUAUUUAUUGAUAAAAAUGGAUAUCAGUUGAUAAAGGUAAACACAAAUGGAUGGAAGUGAAUAGAUAUGGAUAAGAGUGGAUAUCAAUGGAAAUAAAUGGAUAUGUAAGAAUGAAAAUGAGUAAAUAUAAAUAGAAAUGGAUAUAAAGCGGUAAAGAGGGACACAUAUGGAUGAAAAUGAAUAUCAGUUGAUAAAGAUGAGUACGUGUGGAUAGAAGUGAAUAAAUAUGGAUAAGGAGGAAUAAAAGAGGAUAUCAAUGAACUGAAAUGGGUAUAUACGAAUAGAAGUGGAUAAAAAGGGAUAACGACUCAAAUUAAAAUAUAGUCCUUCUUUAACCCUAUAGAUCCUCCUUCUCUUACGACGCCAUUUUGGAAGUUCGUAUUUUUUCCGAAUCAAAAAUGCUCAGUUCAAGAGCAAUGUCGCCGGGUAUUUCUCGGUUACUUACCGCCACUGUAGUGAACGUAUCACACACAGUAAGAAACCCAACAACAGCGCUGCCUAGUAAGGAGAAAUUUCAAAUUCCAAGCACAGGAUAUGAUGCUUUAUUUCAGUCGGUGAAUGGUUGUGCUCCGGCAGCAACGAAUAAAAUGUUUGGUAAUACAUCUCAAUGUUUUGUUUUGAUAUUAUAGUCUGUAAUUUAAAGUAUUUUAGUUUUUCUUCUACCAUGCAAUUUCGUGAAAUGGUUGAAAUCUCAGAUAUAAACAGUGUCAAUCCUUGAAAAAUUCUAAUAUUUAUAUAUUUCAGGUAAAACUCAAAUGAGAUUCAGCCAUACUGAUGUCCAAGUACCUGACUUCUCAGCAUAUCGCCGUCCAACAUCAAAUGAAAAAGCCCAACCACUUGACGCAGAUAUGAGCAGACGUGCAUUCACUUAUGUUGUUAUGGCAGGUAUGGGUAUUACAGGAUUGCAUGCUGGGAAAAAUGCUGUAACUAAUUUCCUACAAACAAUGUCUGCCAGUGCCGAUGUUUUAGCUUUGGCUAAAAUUGAGGUUGAUCUCACCACAAUUCCCGAAGGGAAGAAUGCCGCCAUGAAAUGGCGAGGUCGUCCGCUCUUUGUUCGUCACAGAACGGCCGCCGAGAUUGAAGAUAGCAAGAAUACAAAUCUUGCCGAGCUACGAGAUCCUGAACAUGAUGACGAUAGAGUCCAGCGACCUGAGUGGUUGAUUUUGCUUGGUGUGUGCACUCAUCUCGGCUGUGUCCCAAUUGCAAAUGCGGGAGAUUUUGGAGGCUAUUACUGCCCAUGUCACGGCUCACAUUAUGAUUCGUCAGGUCGCAUUAGAAAGGGUCCGGCUCCACUUAACCUGGAAAUCCCUGAAUAUUCUUUCCAAGAUGAGAACACUCUUAUUGUUGGAUAAGUUACAAGAGAUACAAUUCUUGCAAAUAAUCGGUGACUGAAGUCUAUACAGAAUCUGUGGAACUGCUGUAUUUUAAUUUCAAAAUGUUACUUUAAGGCUUUUCUACAGUUUUAUCAUGCUAUAAAUAUAUUUUGAAAAUGGUUAUUUAAAAAGUGAAAAUUAAUAAUGUUUUAGGCAUAUUUCUAUUAACCAUGUUAAAGCAAAUUGCAUGUUUAUUUUGGGAUUUAAUCUAUUUUGUUUCAAAGAUCAAAAAAUAUUUGAGUGAAAAAUAAAACACUACCAUUCAACCUUCUGUCAACUCUUGAACUUGGCUGGAUUUGCAGGGG